GUUCUGUCCGCUCAUUAACAGUGACCGUGCCUAGAAAGUGAGACGAAAACUAGGAUUUAUUCCGAAACUUACAGAGAUGGAGUUAUUGUUGAUAUAUCUCAUUGUAACGAUUUUAGUGAUUCAUUCUGGAAAUGCCACUCUAAUGAUAUCAGUGGGCACGGAUCCCAUUAUGCCUGGCAAUGAUGUCAAACUCACAUGCAUCAGUUCUGGUUCAGUGGCUACGUUUGUGUGGCAGCACAAUGGUGGACUUAUAGCACUUGGUACUAUCAUCCAGAACCCAGCACGCUUUAUGAUUGCCAAUAUGGAUAAACAGAGUGAUCUAACAAUAAUAGGCUUUGAAAAUGACUUAGACGGGACCUGGGAGUGUCACAAUUUUGGUAUAGAAUCGACUAGCAUCUCCCUAUCUGUAGAUGAAGCAUCUUGUCUUCAAACUGAAGGUGAACCAUGUGAUACUGAACUAGAGCUUACUGACUGGCAUCGGAGUAUUCGGUACGUAACUCAGUCAGGAGAUGUCUUAAUAACCGAUUAUUUCUUUAAUGAUGGUUGGUACAAGUUGAUGACAGAGGGACAGCGCACUGAUAUAACCAUGCCAACAACAUCUCCAGCAGAAUUUGAAUGCGGAACCCAGUAUCCAGUGUGGAUAAAUGGUACAUAUCCUGAAAUGGAUGGUAAAACCAAUGUUGUUAAAGGUUGUGUAAAUAUACCCGAUGAGCCUUGUAAAUAUGAACUAGAGCUUUGCAUAAAGGCUUGCGGAUCAGAUGAAGAAAGAUACUAUGUCCACUACCUUGUUGAUACACCUGGAUCCAACAUGGGCUAUUGUACAGAUUCACUUUUACCCUGUUCAAAUGGAACUAGUUCGGUAACAGGUUUUCCACCAUGCGCCGGUAACUUCCCUGUUCUCGAAGGGGAACCAGUAUUAGCAUUCGUAAAAGAACCAACAGGAGUAUCAGCUUAUUGUGAUUACCGUAUGUUGUGGUCUGGUGAAGAAGAAAUUGACUUUUUUGUGCGUUGGUUCAUCGACGGAGAAUAUGUUACUGAUGGGCCUGACCUGUCUAAAAUAAGCGAUGAGUUUGACUGUGGUACAGGGCUCCCUUAUCAGUGCAUUCUGAACCGGAAAGCAGGAUCCAAUAUCGAAUGUGAAGUCAGCAGUAAAUUCAAGGACCAAGAUGCAUAUUCACAAGGAAUAAAAAGCAAAUUACUGUAUGCCGGACUAAUCGUAUUACCUAACAAUACCAUUGUGUUUGUGGGUGAAAGUGAAGAUGGUGAAACAUUUGAACUCACUUCAACCAUACCGAUCGUUUGUAGAGAGGAAAAUAGCGUAUGUGUGCCUAGAAUCAGUAUAAACGUUGAUCUAAAUGGCGAAACAGACGCAGUGGCAGAUGCCUGCUCGCGUUCUGUAGAAUACCAGUCUCCAGCCUCAUUCAAAAUUAUGGCAGCGAGAGACGGAUACAACGAUGGAGAUGUAGCAAACUACAUUAGAUUUGAGGCUGAUGUGACUUCUUUGAUACCUUUUUCUAGAAUAUGGGAAGAUUUAUCAACAAACUUGCCAACUAUCCAGGUAUGUGUUUGUCUUUCUGAUGCUGUCUACAGUUAAUAGACGCUCUCAUACUGCCAAAUGUGAUUUAAAAAAUGUACCUAACUUCUCAACAAAAAUGAAUGAUUUUGUUGAACGGAUUAUCUCUUAAAUUUAAAGUUAAUGGUUACAAACUAUUAUCUGUAUGCCUAGUUAUGUCAUUCGAAGAACAACCAUGCACAAACUUUACCCCAGUACACGCUUAAUUUAUUUGUUAGUGUGUAGGCCUAUUUGUUUUUAUGGGGCUUGGGAAGGAUGUCUAGAGAAGGAAUUUUGAUUUUUGUGUUUUCUAUCCACUUACGAUCGUAUUAUUCCUUGUAUUGCUUUUAUCAUUAUUAUUGCUAUUAAUUAGU